AAGCGGCUAAGAAAAUGGAUGGAUUAUAUAAUGUGUAAUAUGUGAAUUAUUUUUCCAUUUCUUCUCACUAACUUCUUGAUUUUUAUUUGAAAAUUACACGCGCACAGGCACAGUGUGUCAAAACUAAGCACUAGGACCCCGCGGGCUCCUCAGUGCACAUGGCUCAACGUCGUCCGCCCGCUGUGUUUGCGGUCUGCCGGCGAGUCGUCCGCUCCUCUCCUCUUCUCUCCUCUCGUCUUCUCUCCUCUCGUCUUUCAUUCUCCGUUCCAGCUGUCAUGUCUUCAGCGCUCAGGCAACACUCCCCAAGGGAUACGCGAAGCUAGCACAUGUUUCCCCUAGCUUCAGACUUGUGCGUGGCGGAGUCGGGAAAACUUUCCCCCUCCGCUUCUCGUUGACAGCUUCGCGUUUUUUUGGGGGGAGGCUGCCUGGUUAAAGAAGCCUUUAACCUUCCCGCUUUCUACUUUUUUUUUUUUUUUUUUUUACCUUGGGACGCUUCCCCAAUCUCGCUUUGUGUGUGUUUGUGUGUGGGCUCGAGUCACAAGUGGAGGGUUCCCAUCCGUUUUUCACCAUGAGAAUCUGGCGGCGGAGGAGGAACUCUGGCUUGCUCGUCUUCGCUGUCAUAUGGUGCCUGACCCCGGCUAUCGCGAACACUGACACCGCGAUUUACAAUACGCUGGAGGGAAGUGCCUCUGCCAAGGUCGAGCAGCCAGCUCAAGAAGAACGCUACGGGACCACCGUACCACUGUUGCUUACUGGCCGACACAGCAGACCCCUCAGCCAACAUGAACCGGGGAGUUAUCCGGCGUCCCUGCGGCUGCUGAUCCGAGCUGAAGGUGAACAGCUCGUCCUGCUGCUCGAGAAAAACGAGCGUCUUUUCGCCAGCCAUUACACAGAGACGCACUACCGCGACGAUGGACGUGUUGUCAGCGGUCCGCGCAACUCGACGAAGAACUGCUACUAUCACGGGGAGGUACAGGCACAUCCCAACUCUGACGUGACCCUGAGCACCUGUUCAGGCCUUCGAGGCUUCAUCGUGCUCGAAAACAAGUCCUUCGUCAUCGAGCCGGCGUCCGGCAAAGGCCCGGACGUCCACAUCAUCUACCGUGCGGAGGAACUGCGUCUGACUUCAGGGGACUGCGGUCACGGCUUCAACGUGUCCUCCGUGACCCUGGAAAACUAUUUAAAAACCCCCGGCCAGGCCUUCCACAUGAGGCACAAAAGGGACGCACAGAAAACCACCAAAUACGUGGAGCUGAUCAUCGUUGCAGACAACCGAGAGUUUCAAAAACAGGGGAGUGAUGUGGAGAGGGUGAAACAAAGACUUGCAGAAAUCGCGAAUUAUGUGGACAAGUUUUACCGAGCGCUGAACAUACGUGUGGCCUUGGUGGGUCUGGAGGUGUGGAGCGACCACGACAAAUGUCCCGUCACGCAGGAUCCCUUCACCACUCUUCACGAAUUCCUAGACUGGCGCAAAGUCAAACUCCUUCCCCAGAAACCUCACGACAAUGCUCAGCUCAUAAGCGGGGUCUACUUCCAGGGCACCACCAUCGGCAUGGCGCCCAUCAUGAGCAUGUGCACGGCCGAGCAGUCGGGAGGCAUCGUCAUGGAUCACUCAGAGAACCCGUUGGGUGCGGCCGUGACUUUGGCUCACGAGCUGGGCCACAAUUUCGGCAUGAAUCACGACACGCCGGAGCGCGGCUGCGGCUGCAGGAUGACGGUGGACCGGGGAGGCUGCAUCAUGACUCCGUCCACGGGAUAUCCGUUCCCCACCGUGUUCAGCACGUGCAGCAAGAAGGACCUCGCAGCCAGUCUGGAGAAAGGCGUGGGCAUGUGUUUGUACAACAUGCCAGAGGUCAAAGUGCUCUACGGGGGCCAGAAGUGCGGCAACGGCUACGUGGAGGAAGGGGAGGAGUGUGACUGCGGAGAGCUCGAGGAAUGUUUGAAUCCGUGCUGCAAUGCCACCACGUGCACGCUGAAAGGCGACGCCGUCUGCGCCCACGGGCAGUGCUGCGAAGACUGCCAGCUCAAACCAGCAGGCACCAUGUGUCGCGCAUCUGGCAACUCCUGCGACCUGCCCGAGUUCUGCACCGGCGCCAACCCUCACUGCCCGGCCAACGUUUAUCUCCACGACGGCCACGCCUGCCACGUCGUGGAGGGCUACUGCUACAACGGCAUCUGUCAGACGCACGAGCAGCAGUGCAUCACCCUGUGGGGUCCAGGAGCCAAACCAGCCCCGGGGAUCUGCUUUGAGCGAGUCAACUCCGCUGGGGAUCCUUACGGGAACUGUGGGAAGGAUUCCAAAGGUUCCUUUGCCAAAUGCGAUGCAAGGGAUGCAAAGUGCGGUAAAAUCCAGUGCCAGGGCGGCGCCAACCGGCCGGUGAUCGGCACCAACGCCGUUUCCAUCGAAACCAACAUCCCGCUCCAGGAGGGGGGUCGCAUCCUAUGCCGGGGGACGCAUGUUUACCUGGGAGACGACAUGCCAGAUCCGGGUCUUGUUCUGGCCGGCACCAAAUGUGGAGACGGGAGGGUGUGUCUGAAUCGCCAGUGCCAGAACGUCAGCGUCUUCGGCGUGCACGAGUGCUCGGGAAAGUGCAACGGACGUGGGGUGUGCAACAACAACAAGAACUGCCACUGCGAAGCGCACUGGGCACCCCCAUUCUGCGAAGGGGCCGGCUUCGGAGGAAGCAUCGACAGCGGACCCACAAGAUUGGCAGCCGACGGCGUCCUGCUCACCGUGGCCGUCCUGGUGGCCGCGAGCGGCCUGCUGCUGGCCAGCGGCCUCGUCUUCCUCAAGAGGAAGACGCUGCUGCGACUGGUCUUCACCCACAGGAAGAGCACCUUGGAGAAGCUCAGAGCCAUCGAGGCCAAGAGGCCCACCAGCCCGUCCAGAACGCAGUCCAUGUGCAGACCAUUACCGCAACGCAAACCUCCUCCCAAAGCCUCCGGAGCCAGCAUUUACAAGCCGUCCCCCCUGAGUGCCGAGCCCCUGCUCCCGCCGCACAAGUUCCACUCGCACAGUUUGCGCCGCCUGCCGCUCUACCAGCCCCUGCACAUCAGCCAGCCCAUGCCGGCAUCGCUCAGCGUGGGCCGGCCCACCCUCCCACCUGUGCCCGCCCGACACAGGCUGCCGCCAUCCCAGCACCGCGACGGCCCUCCGUCGCCGCCCGGCGUGCCGCCUUUCCUCAGCCUGCCUCGCCAGCCCGCAUCCUAUCGACUGGGCCAGGACUUCGACAAGCCCAGCCCGCCCCAGAAGCCGCUCCCCGCCGACCCGCUGGGCCGAAAAGCUCGCCUGGGGCUUCCUGCCCCCGGGAGAGGACCCCUCCCCAUCCCGAUCCCCACUGUGCCCAAGCCGCCGCCCGCCAUCCCCUUACCCAGCAGACCCGCACCCGUGUUGCCCUACAGACCACCAAAGACCCCCAAAGACUGCUGAGCACAUUUCCCAGACUGAGGGAGUCUCUCGCUCUUUUUUUUUUUUUUUUUUUUUUAAUUUUAAAAUUUGCACUAAUUCAUCACCGAGGCUCAGCUGGACUGGUCGUCUGGCCACCAAGUACGAAAAAGAGCGGCGGAUCGUUUGCUUGUGACACUUUUUUGGGACAUUUGAAAGCAAAAAUCAAAAACAAAAAAAGACGCCGGAGUCACGUCGGUGGUGCUUUCUUACUUAAAGGUGCUCUAUCUUGUCCUCGCUCAGGUACCAACGGACUAUUUAUUAUUUUAUUUGUGCGCAAAAACCAGGAAGGUUGGACGUUUAUGUAGAAGUUGUUUUAUACAUUUAGGAAGCAAAAUGUCAUGUUUUGUUACAUCAAGAUGCAACGACAAAAGGGAACCAAGGGAGUGACGUGAACAAAAUCUGUUGGUUCUGUGCAAAAAAAAAAAACAACAAAAAAACAUGCCAAAUCAUGGACUGGUUGCUUUUAAAAAAAAAAAAAAAGAUGAAGAUAUUGGAUCAUCUACAUGGUGAAUUUAUUUUUAGGCACAAACUUACAAACACAUAAAGCCACGGAUUAUUUUUGGCAUUUACAGCCAAGCGUGAUGAUGUCAUCGGCACAUUUUUUUUUCUGCCCAGCAAAAUGUUCUUUUUUGUGUGUGUGUGUGUGUG